AUGAACAUGGACGACCUCGACUCCGACACAUUCCAGUCGCCCCCCAAGCGACGCAAAAUGGCGCCCUUUCUACCUGCACCAUCGAGCCUGUCCAACCUGCUCACCCAGUGGGGUGCCGCAAAGUCUCCGACUUCAGUCUCCAAGAUGCAGCGCGAGAGCAGCGGCGGGCACGCGCUGCGAGGUGGUAAACCAGCUGUAUCGUACGCCGAGUCGCCGCCGACCUCGCCCGGCCAGCAGAGCGAAGCAUCGGCAAACUACGAGGAUGCACAGGAACAAUCUGAAGAACAGCGCGCUUGCGGCCGGGACGACGACGACGAUGACGAUGACGAGAGCCUCGACGAGCUGUCAUCAGACACUAUUCAGGUCAUGCCACGCCGCAAUCACCUCCCUGAGCGAACAAAAGGCACGCGUGAGAUGCCGUCCAGGUCGACGAGAUCCACUGCAUUCUAUGGCCGAACGCCGCGAAAUCUCUCUUCACCGGCAAAGAAGAUCCGCAAAUUCCGCCUCAACUCAGACACGGGUGCAAGCAAGGCAAAAACCAAAGCACGCACCAAUAUGAAGACGGAUACCGCUCGUAAUUUGGUCCGUCAAGAGAUUGCCACAAAUACCAAGCCGAAGCGAGAUGCCUACCUUUUGGCCAACAAAGACUACUUUCUGCCGCUACUGCCAGACAACAACUACGUUGUCAAGCUGGAGCGAUCCGCCAAAGGCGCUAAGCCGCAGCCCGUGGUCCACAAGCAAGUGCAACAACCAGAGGGAGUUACUGCCGUCAUGAACCCAUACCAAUUGGAAGGUCUAUCUUUCCUCGUGCAAAUGCACAAGAACGGAAUGUCUUCCAUUCUUGGUGACGAAAUGGGUCUCGGCAAGACGCUGCAAACCCUUUCGCUGUUCCAAUACCUUGCCGAACACGAGGCCUCAACUAUUGAGAACCGCCCAAACCUUGUCGUUUGUCCGCUUAGCGUUCUUUCCUCGUGGAUUGCGGAGAGUAGAAAGUGGACCCCGAAACUCAACGUUGUGCGGUUCCAUGGACCAAAGGUGGAGCGAGAACGGUUCAAAGAAGAUUGCAAGCAGAGACAACAUUCUCGGGCCCCCGCGAAUGAUCAGAUUGACUUGGUGGUCACGACAUACGAGACGUUCGCAUCAGAGCAGACAUGGUUCAAACAUGCCUUUGUAUGGCGCUACUGCGUGCUUGACGAAGGCCACAAGAUCAAAAACGACCGCACCGGGGUUGCCUCAGCUCUACAAGGUUUGUCUGCUGAGUACCGUCUUGUCCUGACCGGUACACCUUUACAGAACAACCUGCGUGAGAUGUGGGCGCUUCUGCACUGGCUCUUUCCAGAAGUAUUCACGGCAGACACCGCAGACGCCUUCCAUAAGGCGUUCGAUCUUACCAAAGGCAAGGUAUCUACCACAUUCAUGGAUGAUGCUCGCCAGUUGCUCGAGCUCGUCAUGCUUCGACGCAUGAAGUCAAGCCCAGAAGUCAACCUUGGUCUACCCCCAAAGGAAGAAGUACUACUAUUUGUACCUCUCACUCCUAUGCAGAGAUUUUGGUAUACACGGCUCCUGACACGGGCUGACAAUGCCACGCUCGCUGAUCUGUUUGACGGCGCCAGAGACAAGGAACAGCAGAAUCUCUUGACUGAGAAGGAAGACGAGCAGCUUAUCCAGCUUGAACGAGCCGCUGCUGCUGCAGUCAAAGCGGAAGAGGUUGAUAGUAUUGACGUCUGGGCUGAGAGUCGAGCUAUUAUGCAGGAAGCCUUGCGCAAUGAGCAAGUUGAGAAGAAAGGUAACGCUUGGCAGAAGCUCAUGAAUCUUCUGAUGCAGCUGCGAAAGGUCUGCAACCACCCCUAUCUCCUGCCAAAUGCGGCACCGCUUGUCUACGACAUUGGGGAACACGUGAUGAAUGCUUCCGGGAAAUUUAUUGUUCUGGACAAAUUGAUCGACCAAAUUGUGCUCCAAGAGCGCAAGAAAGUGCUGAUAUUUUCCGGCUACACUCGGACCCUCGAUUUGGUCGGAGAGCUUCUUCAGUACAAGGGAGCCAAUGGGCACGAAGCCCCCUUCCGGUAUGCUCGACUCGACGGCGGCACUUCUCGGGCCCGUCGCAACUUGAGCAUCCGCAUGUUCAAUGACAAGAGGACGGAUUAUCAGGUCAUGCUGCUUUCGACGAGAGCAGGUGGCCUCGGUAUCAAUUUGACUUCUGCUUCAGAGGUCGUGUUCAUGGAUGAAGACUGGAACCCGCAAAUCACUUUGCAGGCCGAAGCGAGAGCACACCGAAUCGGUCAGAUCCAAAAGGUGACAAUCUACAAGCUGUGUUCGCAGGGAACGGUGGAGGAACAAAUGAUGGGUCGCAUUCGAAAGAAGCUCUACCUCUCUGCCAAAAUCACGGAGAGCAUGCGCAACAUCCACUCAGCGGAGGCGCUUGAGAAGAAACGCAAACGCCAAUCCACGAAGACCAGCAGCGACGACGACGAUGCGCCACAUCUUGACACAGCAUCGCUUCAAUCUCUGAUUCGACGCGGUGCUCAGACACUGGCGCGGCCGCAGAUAGAUGUGACGGAAAUGAUUGAGUGGGAUUGGGAUACCACGCUUGAGCAUUGCAAAGAUAAGCCAGUUGACGCAUUGGUUGCCGACGCCGCUGGUGACGGCAGCAGCGAAAACGUAGACGAGCAGCAGUGGCUAAAUACCAUGGAGAAGGUGGAGUGCGCAAUCUUCGAAGGCAAGAAGCAUCAGAAGCAAAUUGAAAAGAAGGUUGAAGGGAUCACUGAGCUCAAUCGUAAUGCACGUCGCAUCGGCAAGAACACCACUGUCGAGAUUGACGGCUUCAUGAUCUCUAAGGAGAGCCUCACCUGUGGCGAUUGGGAGGCGGUCCCAACUCUUGCAGGCAAAGACCCUUCCCUUGCAGAGUUCAAGAAGGAGAAGAAGGCUGCGAUCAACAAUCAGGAUUUCUGUCUCUGCUGCUGGGCUGGAGGAGAGCUCGUCUGUUGCAAAGGCUGUCCGCGAUCAUACCACCUAGGGUGCCUCACCCAAGACUUCCAAGUGCGCAGCAAGGGCAUGUCGUUCUACUGCCCGCAGCACCAAUGCAUUGAUUGCAAUGCCAAGACAACUGAGGCCGGAGGCAUGAUCUAUCGCUGCCGGUGGUGCGAGCGUGGAUAUUGCGAAGAUUGCCUCGCCUGGGAAACGGCCGAGCUCGUGGACCAUACACUUCCUGAGUUUGAGUUGCUUGGUUUUGGAGAGGUCGCUCAGGCCUUCUACAUCAAUUGCUCGAAUUGCGUGACGGCUUGGAAGAAUGACGCUGCCGCUCGGAAGACGAUGGAGAAGGCGAAGACGAGGUAUGCGCGGGAUCUCAAUAACCACCCUUCCGAGCUCGAGGCCGCUGGCGUUGGCGCCGGUUACACGCCAGACACCAUGUCUACGAUGUCGGAGGCUGCAACGCCUGCUGAGGAGAUCCCACCCCCAACUGAUCGUCUUCAUCGCUCAGCCAAGAAAGUGAAAUUGUCAAAGUCGCGGCCGGAGCCAGAAAUCAUCGAACUGUCGGGUUGA